CCCAGAACGGAUCCCGAUUGGGUGGCAGGGCUGCUUCUGAGGCGCGUGCAGCGCUGAGGCGGUCUUCGUGCUUUGCUGGCCAGCCGGGGCUGUUUGGCGGGAGUUGGCAGCGGGUGUGAAGGUCAGGAUCCUGUGCAGAGAGAGGCAGAAGCGCUUAGUUUCCAGAUCUUAUAGACCAUCAUGGAUACCAUGUUGAAGUCCAGUCCCCAAACCCAGCCAACGAGUAGCCACAAUGGUCAGGAGACAAGCCUUUGGUCCCCAGGCUUUGGGAUGAAGAUGGAGGCCAUUACUCCAUUCCUGGGGAAGUAUCGCCCCUUUAUGGGUCGCUGUUGCCAGACCUGUACCCCGAAGAGUUGGGAGACCCUCUUCCACAGAAGCAUCAUGGAUCUGGGUUUCUGCAAUGUGAUUCUUGUGAAGGAGGAGAAUACCAGGUUUCGGGGCUGGCUGGUUCGCAGGCUCUGCUAUUUCCUAUGGUCGCUGGAACAGCACAUACCUGUUAGCAGCAGUGCCUCACAGAAGACCGUGGAAAGCACUGGGGUGCAGAACCUGCUCUCAGGGAGGGCUCCAGGAGGGGCUGGGGAAGGCCAGGCACCUGACAUUGUGAAGAAAGAGGUACAGCGCAUCCUGGGCCACAUCCAGGCCACACCCCGACCAUUUCUGCUUAGGCUGUUGAACUGGGCACUGCUGUGGUUCCUGAACCGCCUUUUUCUGAAUGUGCAGCUCCAUAAGGGGCAGAUGAAGAUGGUCCAUAAGGCUAUCCAGGAGGGCCCACCAUUGGUCUUCCUCUCUACUCAUAAGUCUCUGCUGGACGGGUUUCUGCUGCCCUUUGUGCUGCUCUCUCAGGGCCUGGGUGUCCUCCGUGUGGCGUGGGACCCCUGCACCUGCUCCCCAGCUCUCAGAGCUCUACUGAGGAAACUUGGGGGACUUUUCCUGCCCCCUGAGGCCAGCCUCUCCUUGGACAGCUCAGAGGGUAUCCUUGCAAGGACCGUGGUCCAUGCGGCUGUAGAGCAGCUUCUAGCCAGUGGGCAGCCCUUGCUCAUCUUCCUGGAGAAGCCGCCUGGGCACCUAGGGCCCCGGCUUUCAGCCCUUGGCCAGGCCUGGCUGGGAAUGGUGGUACAGGUGGUCCAAGCAGGUGUCAUCCCAGAUGCCACACUGGUGCCAGUGGCCAUUACCUAUGACCUGGUUCCAGAUGCACCGUGUGACGUGAGCCACGACCUGGCCCCCCUGGGGCUAUGGACAGGAGCCCUGGCUGUCCUGAGGAGACUGUGCAGCUGCUGGGGCUGUAACCGCAGAGUCUGUGUCCGGGUGCACCUUGCCCAGCCAUUCUCUCUCCAGGAAUACACCAUCAAUGCCAGAAGCUGCUGGGGUCGCAGGCAGACCCUGGAACAGUUGCUGCAGCCCAUUGUGCUGGGCCAAUGUACUGCUGUCCCAGACACUGAGAAGGAGCAGGAGUGGACCCCAUCAACUGGGUCCCUCCUGGCCCUCAAAGAAGAGGACCAGCUUCUGGUCAGGAGACUGAGCCAGCAUGUCCUGAGUGCCUGCGUGUCGAGCUCGGCAGUGAUGAGCACAGCAAUCAUGGCAACACUACUGCUGUUCAAGCACCAGAAGGGUGUGGUCCUGUCCCAGCUCCUGGGAGAAUUCGCCUGGUUGACAGAAGAGACACUGCUGCGUGGCUUUGACGUGGGCUUCUCUGGACAGUUGCGGUGCCUGGCACAACACACGCUGAGCCUACUGCGGGCACAUGUGAUCCUAUUGCGUGUCCACCAGGGGGACUUAGUGGUAGUACCACGGCCUGGCCCAGGCCUCACACAUCUCGCACGUCUGAGUGCAGACCUGCUGCCCACCUUCUUGAGUGAAGCCGUGGGUGCCUGUGCCGUGCGGGGGCUGCUGGCAGGCAGAAUGCCACCUGAGGGGCCCUGGGAGCUGCAGGGCAUAGAGCUACUGAGCCAGAAUGAACUAUACCGCCAGAUCCUAUUGCUGUUGCACCUGCUGCCCCAAGACCUGCUACUGCCUCAGCCCUGCCAGUCUUCCUACUGGUACUGUCAGGAGGUGCUAGACCGGCUCAUCCAGUGUGGGCUCCUUGUUGCUGAAGAGACUCCAGGCUCCUGGCCAGCCUGUGACACAGGAAGACAGCAUCUGAGUGCAAAUUUGCUGUGGAAACCAAGUGGGGAAUUUACUGACAGUGAGAGUGAUGACUUUGAGGAGCCAGAGGGCCGGUGCUUCAAGCUUAGUCAGCAGAAACGCUGCCCUGACUUCUUCCUUUUCCUUUGCCGCCUGCUCAGUCCAAUGCUCCUGGCCUUUGCACAGGCUGCUGCCUUUCUCCACCAGGGGCAGCUGCCAGAUUCAGAGUCUGGCUACUUGGAGCAGUUGUUCCAGUUUUUACAGGAUAGUGCCCAGGAAAAAGAGAUCUUUGGUGAGUUCCAAGCACACAACACAGGCUCCCUGAAGAUGGUGCGUUUGCUGGUAACUGCUGCCCUCUGUUGGACAAUGGCUGCCAAACUACAGGGAAGAGAGCUAAAGGGGGGCCACUGGUCCCUGACAAGCCCUGGUUGGUCCUCCUCUAAACAGGAGCUCUGCCUAGUGGCUCCCUGGCCUCCCUUUCUCAAGCUUUCAUUUAUUUCUCUUUCCCCCAGAGUGUGCAGACCCAAAUCUCGCCAUCAGUGCUAUUUGGACAUUCAAAGACCUGGGGGUGCUGCAGCAGAUGCCCAGCCCUACAGGACCCCAGCUCCACCUGUCCCCUACAUUUGCCAGCCGGGACAACCAGGACAAGCUGGAACAGUUCAUCAGACAGUUCAUCUGCAGCUAAGAUUAGAUCAUAAAGCCUGAUGGAACUUCUUAGUAUGCAACCUUCUGGCUCCUGUGUCUGGUGCCAGAAGGACAUGAGGCCACAUACUAAGCUGGACUUAGAUAAUGCAUGUCCUUUGCUUUCUCCAUCCUUUGGUGUGAUAAAGGGAAUGGCUAGUUUCCUAAGGCUGUAGUACAUGUGUAUAUAUCUGUUCCCUCCUUCCUCAGCCCUAUGAAAAUAGCUCAUCUAGGAAAAGGAAAAACAAAAAACAACAAAACAAAAACCUAUAACCUAAAAGACAGGGCCAAAGCCAAUCUGUUGCUUUG